AUGAAUAGAAGAAAUUGGCCAUCCAUGAUGAUUCAGAGAAAUGACAGUUCAGAUAUCCUGGCAGUCCAUAUGAAAGAUGGGAUGAGGAACUCCCGGUAUAAGCCGGUAGACUACCAGCAGUUACGCGCCCUAACCAAAGCCACAAAGUCUGCAUCUGCUUCAGCAGAGCAGAAGAUCAGAAAAGCCGUGGAGACGUCAAGGGCGGCGAAAGAGCAGACGCUGGUCAAGCAACACAAGCAAGUGUGGUGGCAGGAGCAGGAGAGGCUGAAGGGGAUCAGAUGUAAAUUGGAGUCUGAAAUAAGAUCUUGUCUCAAUGAGGAGAGCAUUGGAAAUGAAUGUUUUUGUGAGCUUAUGAAUGUUGAGAAAGAGCUGUCAGAACAGUGGUGUGCAUACCUUACAGCUGUGAUCGACCCUAUUCACCAACUGAGAACAGGCUUAAAGAAGCAGCAGCACACUCUUCAGAGCACAUCUGGUCAUACGGGCUCAGACUCAACUACAGUUCUGGAAGAGGUUGACUUUGUCAAGAAGCAGUCCGAGGCUGCCUUUGAAAGGCUUCUUCAGGAGCAGUGGCACUUAGAAAAAGAAGUCGUGGACUGGAAUGCGAAGUUCCUAGGUCACUCUUUGGAAGAGAAGUCUAGCCUGCUCAGUGGAAAGCCCAUGGAGUUAGAAACGUUGGCCUGCCCAUACCCUGAUCUGAAAUCGUCAAUCCUUAAUGAGUUCUAUAACUUUACAGAGAAAUAUCAAGAGAAACUUGAAGAUUUUGAUCUGCAAUUAGAAGACAUACGCAGUAACUUCCAACUAAGUGAGGAAGAGCAGUGGAUUUACCAGGCUGUCGUAGACCAGUAUCCUGGAAAUCUCCUCGGCAGAAGGGCUCUGUACUUAGACAUGUUGCAGAGAUAUUUCCCUCACAAGUCCAGGCAUCAUUUGGUAGAACACGAGAAAUACUGUGACCAGUAUCACUUUACUAAAGAGCAGAGAAGAAUCCUGAUAGACAAUUGGAAUAGGAACAGGAAAGACUUUAUACAGAAAGCCAUGCUGACUCUCCUUGAGGCCUGUGCAGCCCAUGAAAUGGAGAGCCUGCUGGCCAAGGACAGGAAACGGCAACAGGAACUGUGUGCUGACCUGAAGGCCAAGGUUUCUCAAUGGCGAGCCCAACAAGAAGAGCUAUCAAGACUGGAAAUGGAAAUUUCAGCCAGAAGAAGAGAAAGGGAAGAGGAGAAAGAGAAACUGUGGAAAAAGAAGGAAUUGCUACGAAGGGAGGAGACAGAGAGUAAGAUAAGAAAUUACUGGGCUAAGAAACAACAGAAGUGGCAAGAAAUGGAAAUGAGAGAUCUCCAGCGUCUGGAAGAACUGAAGAAGUUAAUGGCAGAACAGUCAGUGAAAGACAGAGAAAGGGUUAAAUAUAGACAGGAGUUGUUGGAGAAGCGUUUGAUGGAGAGAAAAAAACUGGCCCUUCAAGAAGUCCAGGAAGAAGAGGAGAGAGAGAGGCGGCUGGAAGCCCUACGAAAGCAGGUUGCUGUCGCUGUCCAGUCUGAUCCAGUUAGAAUGAUGUCAGAGACACUGGCCUGGAAAGCCAGGAUAGGCGCUGAAAGUGAGGAAGAAUUCAUUCUUCAAAAGCCGCUCUUCACACUGACAACGUACAGCGAGAAGCAGAUAACUUCUGAUCCUCGACUUCGAUUUGAGUUAGCACUUCGAGAAGCUGGACUCCACAAAACACAGUACGCCAAAGAGAUGUUACCAAAAAUUGGUCCUCAGAAGCCUCCAAGGAAGGACACAGAAUCGACUGUGUUCAAGGUCUAG